AUGAAGCAAUCAAGAAAGGCUGCCAAAGUUGCUUAUCAAGGAUUGAAGGAGUUACUUAAAUUUGGAAAGUUUGCUGAGGUUGAAGACACUCCUGCUGUUAGUUCCAUAAAUACUGAGGUUGCCGAGGAACACGUGGCACCCAAACCAAAGUUUCAAUUUGCCUUUAAAGAGGUUGAAGUAUCUGAUGAUGAAGAAGAUCAAGAGGAUCAAGGAAAUGAAUUGUCAGAAAAUGAGUUUGAAGAUUUUAUUCAACAAAGUAUUUCAUUCCCAGAAGAGGAUGUAGAUGUUACACCUCCGAUCAUGACUGAAAGGGAAAAUGAUCUAAUGGUGUAA